GUGUACAAGUCGAACCGUGUUGCAGAGUUGCUGUUGUUUAUUCCGUGGUCUCCAUAGCGAUCAUCGUCGGAAUAUUUCUCUACCGACAGCAGAUUGAUUCAAAAACAAUCAAAGUGAGAGUAAGUGGAACACCCUUCCUUAAAAUGCAGCCAUCAUAUAACAAACGUUCAUCACAUGAAGCAUUCGGAAAUAUGACAAAAACAGCAGGAACUCAAGCAAAAAACAUUUAUUUCUACAAUCCCCAGUUUUAUCACGUGUUUACUGACUGGAUUUUAGAUACCUGGGGUACGUCAAAGAAAUUUGAGAGAUGUCCCGUCUCUGAUUGUAUUGUCACAAAAGGGGAGGUCCCUAUGGAACAAAUUGAUGCGAUUAUUUUUAAGCCAAGAGAUAUGUCCGACUGUCCACCAAACAAACCCCCUGGUCAAGUGUGGAUAUUUGCUGAAUUUGAAACACCACACUACUAUUUUCAAAGUAAGUGCUUUUACGAACUAAAAAAUAAAAUUAACUGGACGAUGACGUAUCGGCGUGAUGCUGAUUUCCCUAUUGCACAUGGUUAUUUCAGGAAAAGCGACAAACCAAAAUACACCCAGAAGGAUCUGGACGAUAUUUAUGCUAAGAAAAACAAAACAGCUGUGGUUUUCAUAAGUCAUUGUCCCACUGUUGGCAAACGGUUGACAUUUAUCGAACUGUUGCGGUCGCAUGGUAUACAGGUGGACAUUUUUGGUUCAUGUGGAGUUAUGUCAGUAGAGUGCAAUAACGAAGACCGCUACUUGUUGUCCUUCAACGUAUCAGGGAUAGUAAAACCCGAUUGCUUCAGCACUGUUCUGUCACAGUACAAGUUUUUCCUGUCGUUAGAAAAUUCCCUCUGCAUGGAUUAUACCACAGAAAAAUCCCUUCAUCGUGUUAUGCGCCACCCUAUUCUGCCGGUGAUUCGAGAUGGGAGCAACGCCACCAUCUUUCAUCCUCCUCAUUCUUAUAUCUACACGGGCGAUUUCAAAUCUGUACAGGAACUAGCUCAACACAUGAAGAUGUUGGAUGGCAACAAGACCGCGUAUUUGGAAUAUUUUAAGUGGAAACAACAUUACCAUACUGAAGAUAUGUACCAGGAAUGGAAUUCAGCAUUUUGCAGAUUAUGUGAAAGACUGCACAACCCUGAAGACUACAGGCGUGUUUAUCGUGAUAUCGCAGCUUGGCACAUAUCACCCAGAGGCAAACAUGCAUGCCAUGCACCUACGGAUCUCUAAUAGUAAACUUAAGAAGUUUGGUUUGAGAGACCAGGUUAAAUACAUUGAUUAUCUAAAUUAACAUAAUAAACGAUUAGUAAAGAAAAAUGCACCCCGUACAUAGAAACAGGAGACCUACUGGGUAUUUAGUUAAGGUUGGAAGGACGUGAACAAUACGAUCGCAGAAACGCCUUGCGUUUUUAGAAAGUUUCUCUAUCAGCCGAUCAACUCCUGAACACAAAUUUGUCGUAGAAAUAAAUAAAAAUGGAAGUCAUCGGGAGGAUCAGUACUUGUGAUCAUGCCCGCUAACAAACUCUUUUUUAAACAAAUAAUGAAAAUGUCUCUAAGAUAUCCAGGAAGGACCCCGUGCCAAUGCAGAUUAGUUUCAAUAUUUGAGAAUAUUUUAUAAAUAUUAAUGGUGGACUUGACCAUAGAAUUGGAAUCAUUUGAGGUACGCCCAUAUCUCGAUAUUUGUAUACAGAUAGUAAAAAUCACUGACAAUGGAACCUUGCAAUAUAAACUCUUCCAUAUAGAUAUUCUCAUUUUUCAAAUUAACAUAGGUUGAUCAAAAUGAUAUCGCUAAGGCGACAGCAAUGAAUCGUCUAGGGACGGAAGAGAACGUUAUUGACGUUUUAUAAACGGCGUACAUGGCAAUAUAAAAAUGCUGAUUAUAAAUACGUCAAUAACUUAAUAAAUAUAAACUUUAUUUAUUUCACAACAAUU